AUGACCUGGACGGUCAUACAGGACGAAGUAACUUCAGACCACAAAUUAAUAUCAUAUGGCUUUGUCGCACAGACUGUAGCAAUAACAACAAAGCGCUUCAAAACCACAAAUAACAGGAUCAAAAGAUUUGUAAAUUCAAUCUCAACAGAAGUUCCUUUAAUAAUAAAUGAACUCAAAAAUUUCACUAAUGAAGUUCAGUUAGAUGACUUAACUACGAAACUGACCAAAUCAAUUCAAGCCCACUGUGAAAAAUCCUUUGACAUUAAAAAUCCUAGUGAUAUCAAGAAAGUUAACUGGUGGACAACCUCACUUCGCUCUGAACGCAAUAAAACCAGAGCUUUAAAGAGAAGAAUGAAACAAGCAAAAACAGAAGCAGAUAGAACUGCAGCGUACAUAAUUUUCGCCAAACAGAGAGCUUUCUAUAAAAAAAUAAAUUCGAUCUGUAAAAAUAAACUGCUGGAAAAAAUACAUAUCAAACAGCAAAGACCCCUAUGGUCCGAUGUACAAAAUCUGCGCAAAGUUUUCAAACCUUCACAAAUAAUAAUCCCCCAUUCAGUUUUACAUACCUCCCUUUCAGUCAGUCAUGAGUCAGAGGAUGCUACUACAACUGCAAUAGAAAAAAUUAUGGAAGCCGUAUUCCUAAACGACGUUGCAGAAGGUGAUACAGCAGCUCAAAGAUCGAGAAGAGAAAAUACCCAACAUCCUUGCACACAAGAUGACGCUCCCUUCGCAGAAUUCGAAAUUAAUAAUAUUAUUAAAAAUCUACCAAAGAAAAAAAGCUCCAGGUCCAGACGGGAUAGAUAA